AUGUUUCGAUCCAGGGGGAGAAGUGGACUGUGCUCCACGGGGGAGCCAAAGUUUCACCACUGUGGUGGGCGUGGCUUGCCUGAACCUGGUUACUCCCACGGGAUGACCGUGGUUGUCUUAACGGAGAAUCCUGGGAUCUCGUUUGCGGCUGGGGAUAGCCUCUACUUUGUCCGUUACUUGUUCCGGCAUCAUUGUGGAAAUAUUGACUGGAUGUCGAAUCAACGAGGUCUGUCUUCCGCUCUACUUCGUGCUCUUCUAUCGUUCCGCUCGGUCGGAUCACCGAAAAGCUUCAAAGCGGCAUCCCUAAAUGCUGAGUCGAAGCAGCAGGAUGUGAUAACACUAGUCUUGAUAGUGAAAUCACACCCUGGAGUUAUAGCAGGCAUCAGAGAUUACGAUCGGCAUCGGAGUCUUGUCUCCGGAUCCAUGGCGGACGGCACAAAGCUCUGGGGACAACGGUCUAGAACCUGCCUGUGCUCGUUCGAGGCAGUCGCCGGGACGGGAGGGGUUCACCUAUUGCAGCGCACUCAUGGCGACAAUCUCCAUAUGACCUGGGGUAUGAACCGGGCAUCUGCCGUUGCGGAGGGCAAACACCAGCUCCACACACAUCCCAACAGUAUUCAGCCCGGUGCCCAUCCCUGCCCUUUGCGACAACCGUCCGACGUCAGAGUAUGGGGUAUCGACUCAGUGGGGAGAAUUCCAAGGCCAGAGAGGAUGGUGAUACGAACUCCCAGCCGGGGAUGGGAAGGCAGCAGCAUGGUCCAUUUUCUGCUCCGACCGGCAAUCGCGGACAGUAGUAGCGUAAAGGGUGCCCUCUCAACCUGGGGGGAACCCGAGGCCCGAGGGGAAACCAUUGCAACUUGGCAAGGGCGGGCGCAGGGCAGGGAGAGAAAGAACGAGACGUUUGAGCAGGUAGUCGCGAUAGAUUGCAAAUUGCGGAGUCUGGGGGAGAACAGAGAGGGAGGCCAAAGUGGAGGGAACGGAAAGUUGGGAACUCCGGGCGGGCGGGACGCAGUUCUCGCGUCGGAUCCGAGCUGGUCCCGAAGCAGGUGCCUGCCUGAGGAUGAUUCUCCAACAAUUACAACAACAGACACCUCCAACGCGGAAUGGACGCCUGACUCCCUGCCUGACUGCCGGAAGGGUUUGGAAAUGCCGGUCGGGAUGAAAUGGUCGCGGGUGACGCGGAGGAUUUGA